UGACCCACGUGUGCAUGUCAUUAUAUAAUCAAGAUGGCUUCCGAACAAGAGAGUGUUGUGGAGUUGUACAUGAAGAACCAAGAAAAGCAGACAAAUUCUUGCUUAACAGCCAUCGUUAAAGAUGUGUAUGAAAGRAGGAAAAAUCUGCUGGAAAUCGUUGAGGAUUUAGGAUCAUAUUUGACAAGCACUGACGUUGAAAUUCGAAGCAGAGCUGUACAACUGUUAUCCGAGAUUUUACAACGACUUGUGAACUUCAAGCUUACAGCACAAGAAGUUGAACUACUAGCCAAUUUCUACCGCGAUCGCCUCAAGGAUCAUUAUUCAAUUGUACCUUAUGCUCUUCUUGGGCUCCAAGCUUUGGCCUUGAAUCAAAAUUUAUCUGGACCACUGUUUGUUAAGGCAAUUCAGACAGUCUUCACAGAAGUUCAUGUUCAGUCUCUUAUGCAGUCUGGUCGGAACACAGUUUAUAACAUGCUUAUGUUGUGCCUUGAUAGAAAUUUAAAGGAUCUCCAGCAAUUAGGAUCUGACUUUGUGUUUAGUUUUAUUCAAGCUAUGGAUGGAGAAAAGGAUCCUCGGAAUUUGGUUUUAGCUUUUCAGCUUGCAAAGAAAAUUAUCUUCAAUUUUCCAAUCAGCCUAUUUGCUGAAGACCUUUUUGAAGUCACAUCUUGUUAUUUUCCUAUUGAUUUUACCCCAUCCUCAGAUGACCCUUACGGCAUUACAAGAGAUGAUCUUGUACUAGGAUUAAGAAAAUGUCUUGCAGCAACAUCACUUUUUGCCCCAUUUUGCCUUCCGUUAUUACUGGAAAAGCUAGAAUCAGAUGUUAUCAGUGCUAAGAUCGACUCCUUGCUGACAUUG